AUGACAAUCCCACGCUUGGAAUUAUCUGCCGCAUGGUUGCUAACACAACUGAUACUUCAUGUUAAAGAAGUUCAGUCGCUUGAAAAUGUCAGGAUCAAUCUCUGGACUGACUCCGCCGUGACUCUCGCAUGGAUUAAAAGUCCAGCAAUCCGCUGGAAGACAUUCGUCCGCAAUAGAGUGGGAAAAAUCCAAGAAACGCUUCGAGAUGUCUCCUGGAAAUUUAUUCCAGGAAAACAAAACCCCGCUGACUGCGCUUCAAGAGGUAUACCUACGCUAAAACUGAAACAACACGCUCUCUGGUGGCAUGGACCAACUUGGCUUCAUGAACCAGAAUCCUCUUGGCCCACUCUGGAGCCUCCAAAAGACAACGCAACGCAUCGAGAAGAACGCCAAGGGGUCCUGAGAGUCGGUGGCCGCUUGAGAAACGCAUUGCUGGACCCAGAAGAGAGGCAUCCAGCGAUUCUACCGCGACAAUCACCGCUUACAUCAAUUUUGAUUGAUGAUUCGCACCGCAAAACGCUUCACGGAGGUACUCAGCUUACGCUCGCUGACUUACGCAAGAGUGUCUGGAUCAUUGGAGGCCGUGUUCCAGUCAGAUCAUUUAUUUUACGCUGCGUUAUCUGCACGAGACACCGUGGAGAACGCGCUCAACAGUUGAUGGGUCAACUACCCGCCGCACGAGUACAGCCAACUCGAGCCUUCUUGCAUACAGGACUCGACUACGCUGGACCUAUCACGCUGAAAACGUUUCAAGGACGUGGAGCAACACGCUCCAAAGGCUGGAUUGCAGUCUUUGUAUGCAUGUUCAGUUCAGCUGUACACUUAGAGCUAGUAACUGACUACACCGCUGCCGCUUUCAUCGCCGCUUAUCGCCGCUUCACUAGUCGCCGAGGUAUCUGCCACACGCUAUAUUCAGACUGUGGAACCAAUUUUGUAGGAGCAGAUAAAGAGCUGAAACGACUAUUCGCUGCAGGAUCCCGCACAUUACGAGAAUUAUCAACCUUGAUCGCUCAAGAUGGCACGAACUGGAAAUUCAAUCCGCCUGGAGCUCCACAUUUUGGAGGAAAAUGGGAAGCCGCUGUGAAAUCUAUCAAAUUUCACCUUCGAAGAACAAUCGGAGACUCGCUGUUGACGCUUGAGCAAUAUUCAACGCUACUGGCUCAAAUUGAAGCCAUAUUGAAUUCCAGACCGCUCACACCGCUGAAUGAAGAUCCUGCUGACCUGGCUGUACUGACUCCAGGUCACUUCUUAAUCGGACAGUCACUGACCGCUAUCCCAGAGCCAUCUCUGACAGAUUUACAACCUGCUCGGCUCUCGCACUGGGAACAAGUCCAGCAAAUGGUUCAACAUUUCUGGAAACGCUACUACCAGGACUGCAUCCACCGCUACCAGGCCAUUUCAAAGUGGCAUCAUCGACGCAACCAGAUCAAGGUGGGUUCAGUAGUACUGAUCACCACUGAGGAUCUCCUGCCAACCAAGUGGCCAUUAGCCAAAGUAAUUGCUGUCCAUCCAGGUGAAGAUGGACAAAUCCGCGUAGUAACUGUUAAGACAGUUAACACAGAGCUGGUACGUCCAAUUACAAAGCUCUGUGUCCUGCCGCUAACGCAUGAAGAAGAUGGUCUUGUCGACGCAGCCGCCAACCCGGGGGAGAAUGUUCGGUGA